AUGUCCCAGAAGCUUAUCCUCGUCAUAGGCGCCACCGGUGCUCAAGGCCUAGCUGUCAUAGACAGUCUCCUCGCUCAGUCUGCGGACGGCGCGCCUUCUCCCUACGCUGUCAGAGCGCUUUCGCGCGACACUGAUAGCAAGCGUGCAAAUGAGCUGCGCGCUAGGGGCGUAGAGGUCGUCAAAGGAAACACAAGUGACCUGUCGUCAGUCGCCGCGGCUCUUGAUGGCGUGUAUGGCGUGUACGUGAACACGGACAGCCAGAGCCUCGGAGAGCAGCUGGAAACGUACACCGGUAUAAGGAUAUUCGAACUCGCCAAGACCGUGAAGACGAUCAGGCAAUUCGUUUAUAGUUCCUUGGAUUAUAUCUGGAGAGACACGGGCUACAACCCGCUCUAUCAGGUGUCUCAUUUCAAUGGGAAGGCACGGGUCGUCGAGUUCAUGAAGGCUCAGCCCUCGGUUGUCAGCAACACAGAGCUAUCUUGGACCGCGAUCCUGACUGGUCCUUACAUGGAAAUGUUGCAAAUGUAUAUGUUUGGCCCCGUCAAGCGCUCAGAUGGGACCUUCGUCUUUGCAGCUCCUAUAGGGGAUGGACAUAUGCCCAUGAUCGCGCUCGCUGACAUCGGCUUCUUCGCGCGCUACGCCUUCGACAACCGCGGACUGACUUCCGGCCAGGAGCUCAAGGUCGCCAGCGAGAUGGUCGGGUGGGAACACGUCGUUUCCACCUUCACGAAGGUCACCGGCCAAAAGGCGGUAUUCAAACGCCUGUCAAUCGAGGAAUGGGCCGAGACUUUCGACGAGGCUACUCUGCGAGAGCCCUUCGGAGGCGGUCCUCUGACGUUCAGAGAGAACUUCUCUUCGUGGUGGCGUUUGUACAGAGACGACGUGAUCAAGAAGGAUAUGCAGUGGAUUCGGGAGAGGAACCCGAACGGAUACACGUUGGAGAAGUGGAUGAGAGAGACUCGGUAUGACGGUAGCUGGAGUGAGGAGGGGGUGCUGAAAAGGGAUGUGGAUAAGAAAGGCGGGGUCCUCAACGCGAAGAAGGUCGCUUCUGCGUAG